AUGUGCAUUUCUCUUCUUUCUGUUGGUGCUGAUUUACUUGGUGCUGUUGGUUCAGGAACUGGUAUUCUUCUUGCUGCAACUACUAUUUCUGAAUAUGCUAAUACCUUCCAAAAAGAAUGGAAACGUGAAAUGGGAGCUGAUUUUGCUUUCUAA